AUGCUGGUUCAGAUUCUAGGAGUAAAAGAAACUGGGGACCUGGAGGAAGGUUUUGGAAUUCUGAUGCAGAAUCUGCUUUCGGGCGGGCUGGAGAAGGCGCAUGCAGGGAGGAAGGGGGGAGCAGGCAGGGGACUGGACGAAGGAUUCGGAAGUUUUAUCCAGAAUCUGCUGCCGGGCGGCCUGGAGGAUGCACAUGCUGAGAGAGAGGGGAGAGGUGGGAGAGAAGUAGUAGGAGGAGGGGGUGGAAGAGCAGGGCAGAUGGAGAAGGAUGGGGGUUUGGAAGGGUCCUGGGGAAGCAUGGACGGUGGUGGCAAGGAUGGGAGGAAUGGGAAGGGUGGUCAAUGGAGGGAGCAUCUGAAAGGGCAUGUGUGGGAGAGGCCAGAGUACUGCAAGGAGAGUGACUUUUAUUUCCAAGACGGGAACACUGCGAGCAAGACACGGGUGGAGGAUGCAGCCAUUGAGACGGCCAGGGAGAGGCUGAGAAGAAGGGCACGGGGUGAAGGGGGGGCAGCAGGCAGAGGUGUGGGAACACCAGCAUCGUUAUCACCACCAGCAGUGGCAGCAUCAUUUGCCAACACUCUUGUGAACUCAAACCCUGUCGUUGCAGUGUUCACGUAUCGUGCUGCCUGCAUUCUGCAGUGGGCCCGCACCUAUGGGUCUGAAAUCGUCCCUGCUAGUCAGUGUUGCAAGGACAGCCCCCAGGGGAAGGUCCGGCCCAUGCGCCACCCGCUUCGGGACCUUCCGAGCCUGCUGGUCAGGCUCGGCGCCAUCCCCAAGCCUCUGGAUCAAGGCGAGUUCCCUUUGGAGUGGGAAGAGUGGCAUUGUGGCGAUGAAGCUGCUGCGAAGCUUCCUGAUGACGCCAGUGCAAGAUGCUUCCACCUGGGGAUAGUGGAGGAAGCGAGUGGGACAGCAAAGGUGCGUGAGACAGGAGAGAAGGGCGGACAGGAGUCAAAUCCAAGAGGCAAGAUUGGGACUGCGAGGGGGCAAGGAAGAAACACAGAGAAGGGCAAGCGGGAGGGAAGGAGCAGAGGGCGUGGGGAGGAAGAGAAUAUUGAAGUAUUGAGGAGGAGCGAAGAGGAGAGGCUACUACAGCAGCUGCUCACGAGGCUGCUGCCGCUAGUGCGGAGGAAAUUCCCCAUCGUUCGCUGCACUGCCGAUGCCGAGUUCCUAGUGGAGUUUGCCGGGAAUCUGGUGAAUCCACCUGCAUGCGCUCAGUGCAAGCAGUGCCUUGACGUAUAUAGCCGUAACAUCCCCUUUGUCAUGGUCAUCGCCAACUACGCCUACCGACCUGUCUCCACCCUUUUCAACCGCUUUGUAUCCAUCUUCCCUCCUCACUCUCCCGAAUUCGACCGGCUCGUUGCUCGUAUGGGUCUGCCGCCUUUCCCUGCCAGCGUGCCUGGCUUUCUAAGGUCGCCUGUGGUGCAGGCUCGCGUUGAGCAGGAUCCUGUGCUCUUCCUAGUGGCGGUGGCUCCAAAAUGUGCUUCCCACAUUCUGGGAAUCACUGACCUGACGUACCUGCAAAGGCUGCGAGGCGGAACGGAAGAUGAUGGGAGGGUGUGGGAGGAGGUGCAGAUGUGGUGCCUAGCGGUGGAGUUUGCGUGGCAGGGCGGCAUGAAGCUCGAGGCUAAGGCAUUGAGUGAGACGUGCAAGGGAAGGAGGGAGCGGGCCGGUCGGGAUGUAGGGGAGCGAAAGGAGGUUACGAGUGAGAAGUGGCAUGAGUUUUGGAAAAGGGCUGCCGUUCCGAGGUUCUGUGAAGACAUGCUGGAUGAUAGUGGGCCUUCUGGAGGUACCAGUAGGAGCAGCAAUCGCAGCGACAGUUUAGGAAGAAGAAGCAAAAUUCGAUGGCCCAGGGGGGGUGAUGGGACGGGAAAGGAAGGGGAGGAGCCGGCUUAUCUGAAGGCAUGGCCGGGGGGAGUGAAUCUGGUGGCAUGUCUGCGAGAGAUGCUGCUGGGGGAGCCCUGCUACCGCCGUGGCCCCCCUGGUGCCCCUUCCACCCGUGCUGCCCCUUCCACCCCUGCUGCCUCUUCCACCCCUGCUGCCCCUUCCACCCCUGCUGCCCCUUCCACCCCUAGUGCCCCCAAUUACUCUUCCACCCAUGCUUCCUCUUCCACUCAUGCUUCCUCUUCCACCCCUGCUGCCCCUGCCUCGUCCAUCCAUGCUGCUCCACCCACCGGUGAUGCGCCUUACCAUGCAAGUGCAUCUGUUUUGGUUACAGGCGGCACUGGUCCUGCUGCUGGUGGGGAGCGUGUGUGCGGUGCUGUGGGGUGUGGGACGGUGGGGGGUGAUGGUGGUGUGAAGCUCAGGAGCUGCGGUGGGUGUGGCAAGGUGGCAUAUUGCAGCAGAGACUGCCAAAAGGCGCACUGGCCCUCCCACAAGCUCACAUGCCAGGGCAGGACCAGCGACCGGGCUGAUGGCAGCAACAGUGCCUAG